AUGUACAGGGAGAGAGGUGGAGGAGGAUCCAAGGGUAAAAUGGAAGCGAUCUUCAACGGCGACAAGUUCGAAGGGAGUGCCAACGUUCCCUAUUAUGAUUAUGCUCUUGAUUUGAUCCUUGAUGUCGAAUCCUCUCAUGGAGAUAUGUUCUCUGAAGAACAAAAUGAGAUCAUUGAAUCAGCAGCAGAGAUGCUUUAUGGUCUUAUUCAUGUACGAUAUAUCUUAACAACCAAAGGAUUGGCUGCCAUGCUGGAGAAGUACAAGAAUGCAGAAUUGGGAGAUGCCCGAGAGUCUACUGCUGUGGUCAACCCUGUUCUUCCGGUUGGUCAAUCAGAUGUGUCUCGACAAGGCAAUGUAAAAAUUUCUGUCCAAAAUGGUGAAGACAUUUAUACCCCUCAAUCCAGGUUUCAAGAUAACCUAGAUGGAGCUUAUUUCGGAUCAACAUUUCCUCACUUAUUUCUUAUGACUUAUGGCACCUGAAGCCACAAAAAACCUCACAGGAUUAUGUUCCAAGAAUCUUUGGUUUCAAGGUCUACAACCCAUGACAAGAAUCACAUCACAUCAUAUCAUCAAUCCUGGAUCCAAACAUCUUGACUUGUUCCUUAUCAAGAGUUCAUGUUAAUCAACAAAAUACAAAUUAAGUUCAUAAGAAAUCAAUUUAGGAUCCUAUUAUAUUAUAUGUUUAAACACCUAAUUAGGAAAAAAAAAAUGUGUGCUCAAGAGUGUUAUGUAUCUUUUUUUUUCUCUUUUUAUUUGUAUGAGUACUAAUUUUAAUUUUGGUCGGUUAGGAAGGUUUUUUUUUUCUUCUAUGAAAUGCGUUCAACUUUGACUUGUGAAGAACCAAAAUCAUGUAUUUGUAGUUAUGUUUAUGAGUUCAUGAAAACAGAUUCACACAGUA